CAGUGGAAGCAACCACCAAGAAGAACCAGAACCGUAAACACUCCUGAAUGGUUGUUCCCAGAAGAAAAAGCUGGGAAUACGUUUGGGAAGGGGUGAAGUAGAGUAGAAAACCCUUGCUUUUUGCUGUAAUACCUAUCUUACUGAAAUUUUUUUCCAUCUGAAUGUAUUAUUUUGAUGAUAAUUUUUUUAAAAGUCAAACUAAAACCCUUUCAAGUAAUCUGACAUUAUUUUACCUGGAUGCAUCACAUGUAUUUUGUUAAUGAUUAACACAGUCUUUAUUUAACAAAGGUGGAACAAGAAGGACAGCACUCUUUUAUUUCAGAGAACCCAUGAACAUCAUUUCUACCAAUAUAGGCAGGAAAAGUCAUCAGCUGUCAUUUAUGCAGACUUUAGAAAUUCUGUUACAAUGGAUAAAGAGAGGAAGAUACAGCUCAAGAGAGUAUUUGGAUGUUGCUGCACGAGGUUUCUAAUUGCUGAUAUAACUGGAGCAGAUGUUUUUGUGGCCCUCAAAGGGGUGUUGAAGUCCUCGUGCAAGAAUCCGGGACUCUCCCUGAGCAUCCAGGUUGAUUGGGCCCUGUGGUCCUUUAUGACCCAUCUCCGCUCAGCAGAGGUAGGUGUGACCUUCCCAUGCAGUGGAGCUCACUACUGUUUUCUCAAGAGGUGUUUUGGCGAUGUGAUCUCUUUCCUGAAUCUCUGGACCACCUUUCUGGGCCCAGGGCUCACUGCCAGGCAAGCUCCUCUCCUUGCCGACUACAGCAUCCAGCCUUUUUAUCCCAGCUGCUCUGCUCCAAAGCUGCCGAAGAAAUGUCUGGCGCUAGGAAUUCUAAGUUCUCGUGGUGUGAGAGUGGUGACUUGGCUUCAGAUAGCCAGCAUGAUGCUGAAAAUGGCCACACUUGGCCUUAUUUCCCUAAGUGCAGUAGUGUUGCUGGUGAAAUGAAGGAAGGAGAAGCUUGAAUUAUUUCAGAACUCUUUGAAUGCUGAGUUUCUAGAAGCCUCCCAGUUGACAGAAGCCAUCUUCCAAGGAUAUUUUGCAUAUUGAGGUGGGAGAUGCUUUAUGUAUCCAGCAGGGGAGCUCAAGAAACCCAGAAAGACAAUUCUAAAGGACAUAUUUCCUGCAUUCCCGCUGGUAACUCUUGUUUAUUUACUGGUUAACAUUUCCUACCUGACUGUUCUGACACCCAAGGAAAUUCCCUCUUCAGGUUUGUACACAAAUUGCUAAGACAAUAAAUAACAACAAAGACAGCAUAUGUAAGUAUCCCUUUACCAGUUGGAACUGUUGUUUGCUUUUCACUAUUUUAUAGAGAAUCUAUUGUAAUCUUUGAAGAUGACAGAGGGGACAAAGAGUAUGGUUUGGUUAAGAAAAAAGUUUCACAUUAAUCAUGGUAAUACGUUUUUUGCUAAUAUGGAAAAGUAUAUAUAAUGCUGGCAUAUGAUGCAGACUGAUUCAAUGUUAGCGUUCCUUUCAUGAUCUCAUCUCACCAGAGUGAUGUUGUGUGAUCAGAGCUUAUAUCUACUAAAACUUUGACAAUGUGAAUUUUCCAAAUAUUCUUCUAGAUGACAUUAAGAACGAUAAACUUGAAAUGUAGGACAGUAGCAAUUAAAAGAAUAGAUGCUAAUGUAUAUAGUUAAUAUGAUAAAUAUUAAUAUGUAAUAUAAUUUAAUUAUUUAUCAUAAAUAACUAAAAUAUAUGGUGGCAAAGGGCUCUGAACAUAUUGCAAAUUUGACUAAAAGAUAACUAUUUGAGAUCCCUAAUUGUAGAAUAAAAAGUGAAAUAAGAAAAUCUUAAGGAAAUAAAACAUAUACUUAAAAAUGAGCAACAGAUUCAAGGAAUAAAAGGAAAUUUGAGGAACAGGAAAUAUGAGAGACUAGCAAUUUCCUCAAAACAGCAUUAGACUUUGAGUAACCACCUUCUGUGAUAAGCUAUCAGCCAGUACCAUUGGGACUAAUCUCUUUUGAGUGGUUAUUACUGCUUUGGUAAAUCCUCGGGGCACUGGGAAUAAACCUGGGGGAGGUUUAAUAUAAAAGUCGUAACACACUCUGCCUGAGGUCUUGAGUUCCUGCCAUGUAGGAAGUUGCCAUAUGCAUGAUAUCAGUGUUGAUUCACAGUGGUCUAGCUGUCUUUGGGAGCUGUAUGCUAGAAAUAAUCAAGAUUCUGAGAAUUUGUAAGAACAACCUGACUGCUAAAUUGGAUAAAACCAAGUAGUGGGUUAGUUCCUCAGUCAUGUCUGACUCUUUGCAACACCAUGGACUAUAGCCUGCCAGGCUCCUCUGUCCAUGGACUUCUCCAGGCAAGAAUGCUGGAGUGGGUUGCCAUUCCUUUCUCCAGGGGAUCUUCCCGACCCAGGGAUCAAAUCCAGGUCUCUUGCAUUGCAGGUGGAUUCUUUACCAUCUGAGCCACCAGGGAAGCCCUCUACUUUGAUUAUGUAGAAAAUAAAUUAACAAAGCUAGCUAUAGAUGUGGUGGGGGCUGUUGGUCAGCUGGCUAGCUGUAAUGGUUCACUGAAGCUGACAUCUGUUAUGGCCAGUCAUAAAGAUUGUGAAAAAUAAUGAAUAUCUCUUCUCAGCUGUCAUAAUAGUUGCAACAUUUUUGUGGGUGGUAUAGCAAUUUUGGUAUGUGUGGAAGACUCAUGAAAUAUUUUGACAUAUUCUUUUAGACAUAUCCUCAGAUCUUGUUUAAAUUCUGAAAUAAUAUUUUUAUUGCAAAUAUCUAUUUUUAUUGUAUUAUGAACUUUAAGAAAAAAAUCAGAGCUACACACGAAAACUGUAUGUACAGGGACAACCAUCAUAACAUUAUCUAAGAGAGCAAAAAAUUAAAGAUCACCAAAAUAUUCAAUAAAUUUGAAAUAGAUAAAUAAUUUCUAGCAAGUCAUCUAAUAGACCACCCUGAGCUUUUCCAAAGAUCGUCUUUUUGAAGAAUGCUUAAAGUAAAAAGACAAUAAUGAGAGGAUUUAAUUGUAUCUAGCACCAUCUGAGGGCUUCCCAAGUUCGCUAAUGGCAGAGAACCCGCCUGCCAACGCAGGAGACUUAAGAGAGGUGAGUUUGAACCCUGGAGGAGGGCAUGGCAACCCACUCCAGUAUUCUUGCCUGAAGAAUCCUGUUGACAGAGGAGCCUGGCACGCUGCAGUCCCUGGGGUUACAAAGAGUCGGACACGACUGAGGCGAUUUAGCAAUGAGAGAAAAGGCAGGAUCUACAUUACAAUAUAUAACAGAAAGUAAAUAGUUAAUACUGAUCUACAGGUGAUUUUUGUUUAUUCCUUACUAAAGUUUCUGUCAAGUCUGACAUCGUCGAGUCUGUUCAGCAGAGGUUCCUUUGUUUACUUACAAAGCUACCGCUGCAUUCCAGUAUCUUCCACAGUGAGGCUCAGAUUUAGCAGGUGGGAAAUAAGAACAGGGAAGUGCUGCUGUGGGGUCACAAGUUACAGCAUCUGCUAUUCUGAAAUGUCAUCUUAACUCGAUCACCAACAGAUUCCAUCUUUUCAUCUUCACUUGAAUUUAAACUGACUUUCAGUCUGGAUGAAGAGGAGUUUCACAGGAGCGCCCUUUAGUUACAGAAAAGGAAAGAGGCAACAACUUGACCACGUAAGGAUACUAUUGGAGAAAGCUGGCCUGAUGCUGUAAUUACCAGAACAGUAAAAUAGUUUUGGUAGGCUCAGCAUGCUAAAAGCUUUACUUGGAUUAUCAUAUUUAGCCCUCUCGGUAAUACAGAAGGCAGAUACUACUGUUAUCUCCAUUUUACAGAAAAGGAAACAGGUUUAUACAAGUUGAGUCACUUGCCCAAGGUCACACAGCAUGAAGUGGAAACAAGCUUCAAAUCUGGGCAAUUUCUUUGGGAUGUUUGUCUCUCACUAAGUACAAAAUAUAAGCAUGAACACUCGGAUGAAGCUGCAUUUUAAUCACCAUCAACUUUGGCUGACUUGCAACCAGCCUUUCUUUUCAGUUCUUGCUUCUGCUUCCAUCUAAUAAUGUAAUGAAAGUCGUUAAGUUGUGUCUGACUCCUUGCAACCUCAGGGACUAUACAGUCCAUGAAAUUCUCCAGGAAAUAAUACUGGAGUGGGAGCCUUUCCCUUCUUCAGGGCAUCUUCCCAACCCAGGGAUUGAACCCAGGUCUCCCACAUUGCAGGCAGAUUCUUUACCAGCUGAGCCACCAGGGAAGCCCAUCUAGCCAUCCCUAAUUGUAUCAGUUAUUGAGUAGCCACUAGGAUUUGAGUAUCUAGCUAGGUAUUCUGGGUGUAGAAAAGAAUAAGACUUGGCUUCUGCAUUCAGGCAGAGUUGAGUCUACCUAGACAGUCAGGUGCCCCAAAACCAUAGUAAGAUCCCUGCCACGUGGGGGCCUCCUGAGUAUACAGGGAGGGUACACAGGGAAAGACAAUCUUCUUUUUUUUAACAGCUGAUCCUCAGUGUUUUCAGACCUAAAAUUGGAAUAAAUAAUGCUUACCUCCUAAGAAUGUGGGAUGUAUUAAAUGAGCUAAGGCAUGCAAACAGUACAAAGCCACGGUGAUAGUUAUUAUUACUUAUAUUAUUAUUUGAUAUUCAUUUGCAUCAAAAUGGAAGGCAGGGGACUUCCCUGGUGGUCCAAGGGCUAAGACUCUGUGCUCCCAGUGCAGGGGGCCUGGGUUAGGAAUUAGAUCCUGUAUGCUGCAACUAAGACCCAGCACAGCCAAAUAAAUAAAUAAAUAAAUAAAUAAAUAUUACAUUAAAAAAAAGGAAGGCAAGGGUAACCAUAGCGUAAGUAGUUGAAAUUUGUCUCCAGUACCCACAUGCAUGCUCUUCUUUCCUCUCUCAGUUUUUGGAUAAUUGAUAACAGGCUGUGAAAUGAUAGGUUAUCUUUCUCAAGGGUAUUUUACCCAUUAAAAGGAGUUUUAUUAAUGAUUUGAGCCCCAAAUGAGUGACCCUCUAAUUAAAGGAUUUCAUAAAUUGUAACUUACUAUGUUAUACUCUGGGGCUAUAGAUUUGUAUCUGUCUCUUAAAGACAUCACAAAAGUGACUGACUUUUCUCCCUAGGACUUUUCUUUAUGUGAAUUGCUUACAUUAACUUCUUAAUAUUUUAUGGUUUUGUUUUUAAAAUCUAGCUCUUUGGUUUAUAUAAAACUUGUUUCUAUGUAUAUUUGAAAGAAAUCUUCUAAAUGUAUUUUCUUUUUUUCUGAAAUGAAUAGCCAAUUACCAGUCUGUUUUGUUUUGAUAGUCUUUAACUUUAAAAUAUAUAUGGGUCUAUUUCUGAAUGAUUUAUUCUGUUCUAUUAAUCUAUUCUGUAUUAGUAUGCAGUUUCUUAAAAAUAGCAAUGUUUAAAAAAAAAUAGCAAUGUUUUAGUUACCCUAUUGGGUUGAAUAUUGUCUCCCAAAAUUCAUGUCCUAACCUGAACCUCAGAAUGUGAAUCUAUUUGGAAACCAUGCUUUUACAGAUGUAGUUAGUUAAGAAGAGGUCAUACUGCAUAUAGGAUGGGGCACUUAAUUCAACAAGAUGAUGUCUUUGAAAGCAGAUGAGCAGAGCCAUGCAGAGGGAAGAUGUGUGAUGGGACACCAAGAAUACCAUGGACUUCUGAAUCAGCGUUUGGAGUAAUGUAUCUGCAAGGAGAUCCAACCAGUUUAUCCUAAAGGAAAUCAGUCCUAAAUAUUCAUUGGAAGGACUGAUGAUGAAGCUGAAACUCCAAUACUUUGGCCACCUGAUGUGAAGAACUGACUCAUUUGA